AUGGUGCGUAUCGGUAGCGGUGGUUCGGGCACGGCAGCUCACCAUGGCGGUGUGUGGUGGGCGAUGGCGGGUGACAGAGUGCGGGUAUGCGCCGCGCGGCAACACGGGGCGCAUUGGAAGCCGCGCGCGCCACGCGCCCGCCGCAGUAUGACGCGGCCCGCGAAUCGCCCGCCCCUUGUGGUCAUGGAAAACGGUGCCUUAAAGUAUGGGAGCAACAAUAACAACAAUGAAAUCCUCGAGGAGAAGGUGGUGAGUACUUUGUUAGCUUUACUUUACUCUUAG